UCCCAACUUGCAACAACAGAACUUACGACACCCGAGUUCAAUUAGAAGCUAGGCAACCGUUUCGUAAAUUGAUUAGGAAUUGAGCGUGUCUUGAGCACUAGAUCUCGUCGUUUCGCGCGUCCAUACUACUCGAAAAUCCACGCUGCGCUGCGUGCGCGUCGAGCGAACGAGUUUCGGAACGAAGGCAGACACCGAUGUCCGGGGGACAAUUUGACGGCCCAGCUCAGAGGAAUCAAAUAUAAGAUAAGGCAGGAUUGGCAUGGCUUCCAGAGGAGACCGCACAACCGCGAUGCAGAGCUCCACGAGACCCUCGAUGGCGCCCCAGGGCUCGACAUCUUCUGGAGGAGCGGUUAAGUCGAGGCAAUUGACACACCUCCACUCCCAGCUCGCGCAACUCUCGGCGAAUCUGGCGGACACGGAGAACCUCCUGCGCAUGACGAGCGUUCAGGCUGAGGCCAUGAGGGGCCUAGGGAGUUGGCAUGGCGGACUAUUCAUGGCGGCGAGUAAAGUACUAGGUGAAGAGUCGGUGAAGGAACAGUCGCAGACGUCGCAACGAAAGAGUUGAUGGGCGGGUAUUAGAGAAUAUGGGUUAUCGAGUGCGGAAACCACUGUUGAUUGCUUCUAGGACGAGUAGCUGAACCGAGUAGAACUGAGCUACGCAGCAACAUUACCUCAAUUACUAGAGACGUGUGACGACAAGGAAUUUUAAUACAGGUUACCUGAAAUGGUGCCAUGAAAUUACCUAUCUGAGACUUGCUCCUUUAUUUGAUGAUGCAUAUAAU